AAAACUGAAAAGGGGCUGGAUGCACCAAGAGAGGGAUAAAAGGAUCACAGCCACCCCUUUCACAUCACUCUUCUAGACACAACACAGCCCCAAGAUGAGGAUUCUGUAUACUGUAGUUGCCCUCCUUCUCUGCGGACUGCUGUCUGUAGAUGCCCAAAAUGAAAACGAUGUCAUGGAUAUGGAAGAUGAGCUUUGUCCAAGACCUCCUUCUAUUGAAAAUGGCUAUGCUGAGCAGGCUGUCCGCUACAAGUGUAAUAAGUACUAUACGCUGAAAAGUGAUGGAGAUGGAAUCUAUAUCUUAAAUAAGGACAAACAGUGGGAUAUUGGUGAAAAACUACCUACAUGUGAAGCAGUAUGUGGAAAACCUGAGACACCAGCCAAGCCAGUACAGCGGAUCAUUGGGGGCUCACUAGAUGCAAAGGGCAGCUUUCCCUGGCAAGGUCUCUUGGUUUCCCACAAAAAUCUCAGCAGUGGAGCUACUUUGAUUAGUGACCAGUGGCUGCUAACGACAGCGAAAAACAUCUUUCUGAGUCACAACCAAACUACCAGUCUGGAAGACAUCACCCCCACGUUGAAGCUCUUCCUGGGGAAGAAGCGUGUGGACAUUGACCACGUGAUUCUACAUCCCGAUUCCUCUAUGGUGGACAUUGCACUCAUCAAACUUAAAAGUAAAGUACUUGUUAAUGAGAAGGUGAUGCCCAUUUGCUUGCCUCAGAAAGACUAUGUAGAAGUGGGGCGUGUAGGUUAUGUGUCUGGUUGGGGGAGAAAUAGCAAUUUUGCUUUUACUGAACGUUUAAAGUACGUCAUGUUGCCUGUGGCUGACAAUGACAAAUGCAUAGAACACUAUGAAGGCAGCACAGAUCCAGAAAAGAAGAAACAAACGAGUCCUGUGGGAGUUCAGCCCAUAUUGAACCAACAUACUUUCUGUGCCGGUAUGACCCGAUUUAGAGAGGAUACGUGCUACGGUGAUGCUGGCAGUGCCUUUGCCGUUCAUGAUGAGGCUGAUGACACGUGGUACGCAGCAGGUAUUCUGUCCUUUGACAAGAGCUGUGCAGUGGCUGAAUAUGGCGUUUACGUGAAAGUGCCCUCCAUCCUGGACUGGAUCCGAGAGACAAUAGCCACCAACUAAACGGAAGGCAGGCUGAAAUUCUGGUUUUGUCUGUUUGUACCAGCUGAAGGCAUGGAAUGAAUUGUACAAGAUAAGAUUUCAUGUAGGGCUAAGUAAGUUGGAUGUCGCACAAAAUAUCUGUAAAUUAGUGGGAGCUACUCUAAGUACAAAUAAUAAAGUGUUCUCUUGAAUAUA